UCAACGUGGCGGGUCAGGCUAUGAACUCCCUGAUUAACAACUCUCUCUGAACGACGUGGCAGUUUAGAUAUCCUGGACUGCCGUCGUCAGCAAGUUGAAUUAUGCUUCUCCUGCGGGUAUAAAUAAGGAUAAUGGCCUUGGGAGAAGAGCAAAAGAGCAAAAUCAGUCUGUCUGUCUGCCAUUAUCAUUUAGUGACGAGUGCUAUUUAGUUCUUUGAAAACUGUUAGGGGGUUUAACUCUCUUUUGGUCUCUUAGAUUGUUGGUCUCAUGAUGUACUUGAAAACUGUUAGGGACUUUGAAAAUUGUUAACAGUUUCCACUCUUGAUUCUUUAGAUUGCUAGUUUUGUGGAUGUUAUUAGAAUUCCUCCAAUUCAAUUGAUUUCAGUAAGCCAUGGAAAGAAUGAUUGAAUUAAUGUUGUGUACGAUUUUGUUGUGGGGCGUGUGGGGUGGUGGAGCUGUGGAUGUGAAGGCCGGGUCAUGGCAGCUGGUCGUGAGCAAUGGCGGCGUGUCGGCUAUGCAUAUGACCACGACGCAUAAGGACACCGUUGUUAUGUUCGAUCGGACGGACUACGGUGCUUCUCAGUUGCGUCUCGACAGUGGUCGUUGCAGAGAUGAUAACAACGACUUGGCCCUCAAGCACGACUGUUGGGCGCACUCCAUAGAGUACAACAUUGCUUCCAAUGGCGUGCGGCCUCUCAUGGUCAUGACCGAUACGUGGUGCUCCUCUGGGUCGUUUGCAGCCAACGGUGACCUGGUUAGUACCGGCGGCUACAACGACGGCGGCAAGGCGGUUCGUUAUUUUGUGCCGUGCAGUAAUUCUGCAUGCGACUGGGACGAGUCGCAGUCGGCUAAGCUUGCUGAUAAUCGAUGGUAUGCAACGAAUCAGAUUCUGCCUGAUAACAGAAUCAUCGUUGUGGGAGGCAGACGGGCUUUCUCUUAUGAGUUCGUGCCCAAGAAGUCUGGAGAAGGGUACUACAAGCUGCCAUUUUUAACACAGACUAAUGUUAAGGACGUGGAGAACAAUCUGUACCCUUUUCUUCAUCUCUCAUCCGAUGGAAAUUUGUUCGUCUUUGCCAACAAGGACUCCAUAUUGCUUGAUUAUAAAAACAACCGUGUUGUGAAGACGUUUCCCACUUUGUCUGGCGGUGCGAGGAGUUAUCCUUCGUCUGGGUCAUCUGCAAUGCUGCCAUUGGUGGCUUCUGAUGGGUUUAAAAGAGUUGAAAUCCUCGUCUGUGGCGGCGCUCCUGACAAUGGCUUUACUUCUGCCAAUGCUGGGAAUUUUCUCACGGCAAUUCAGAGCUGCGGGAGAAUUGUCAUCACGGAUUCGAACCCUGGUUGGGCGAUGGAAAACAUGCCUGCUCCGAGAGUCAUGGGUGACAUGCUCAUUCUACCCACCGGAGAAAUUCUGAUUAUAAAUGGAGCCCAGAGUGGGACUGCUGGAUGGGAACUGGGAAGAAAUCCUGCCCUCGCUCCUUUCCUCUAUAGGCCCAAUUCAUCGCCCGGGGAUCGAUUCUCAACACUUGCUGCCACUACCAUUCCAAGAAUGUAUCAUUCCAGUGCAAAUGUCUUGCCUGAUGGACGGAUCUUCGUCGGAGGAUCGAAUCCCCAUGUGGGCUACGUUCUCUCAGGAACAACUUAUCCCACAGAGCUUCGCCUUGAAGCUUACAGUCCUUAUUACUUAGACAGAGCCUAUCAGAUCUACAGGCCCACAAUAGCUGGCUUAUCUUCUUCCUCAGUAAACUAUGGCAAAACCAUCACUGUUCAGUUCACUGUUUCCAAUUACACUCCCCAGAAUAUUGGGUUCCAUUUGUAUGCCCCUUCCUUCACAACUCAUUCGUUUUCCAUGAACCAGAGGCUGCUCAUUCUGGCAUCAAGUGCUCCGAAAUCUGUGAGAGGAACGUACUAUGCAGUUGUGACGGCGCCUCCAAAUUCCGUUAUUGCGCCGGCGGGGUACUACAUUCUAUUUGUGGUUAACAACGGGAUUCCAAGCGUUGGCAAGUGGGUUCAUGUGUCUUAGAAGGCAUAUUCUCUUUGUUCUGGCGAAGCCAUAUAUAUAUUAUAUAGACGGAUGGGAAGUUUGGGAACUUGGUAUUGUUAGGCUUUAGUUCAGGGAACGGUCUGAGCACAAAAUAUACUCAUAUACCGCAUUGAAAUUCAAUUGGUAAUAAUCAAUACUCUGUAUGAUGUCAAAUAAAACUGCAGAUAGAGCUGGCCUGACAAUUCUUUAUGAAUAAAAUUUCUUGCCACUGCGUAUUCUAUUGUCUUCA